AUGCUUUUGUGGAGCUCAGAUCUUCAGAGUUUGUCUCUUUUAUGCUUGUUUUUCUGCAGCAGGAUGGGGUUGUUGCUAAAGAUUCUUGUUCCAUUUGUGGGAUUGGUCUUGGCCUUCUGUUUUUAUUCAAAGGAAAAUUUUAAACCAGAGAUGCUGAAAGGGAAGCGAGUGAUCAUCACUGGAGCAAGCACUGGAAUUGGAGAGCAAAUGGCUUAUCACCUGGCCCGGAUGGGAGCCCAUGUUCUGAUCACAGCACGGACGGAAGCCAAGCUUCAGAAAGUUGUCACACGGUGCCUAGAGCUGGGCGCAGCAUCUGCUCACUAUAUGAAUGGCAGCAUGGAAGACAUGGCACUUGCAGAAGACGUGGUGAAGGAAGCCAAACAAUUGUGGGGAGGCCUAGACAUGCUGAUCCUCAAUCACAUCGGUUACACCUACUUUAACUACUUCGAUGGAGAUGUUGAACAUAUACGAAAACUCCUGGAGAUUAACUUUCUCAGCUAUGUGGCCAUGACAGUCUCUGCACUACCGAUGCUGAAGGAGAGUGGGGGCAGCAUCCUUGUGGUUUCAUCCACAGCAGGUAAAAUUGGAAUUCCAUUUGUUGCUCCCUACUCUGCAACUAAGUUUGCCCUGGAUGGAUUUUUCAGCUCCUUGAGACAGGAAUUAAUAAUCGAGAAUAUCAAUGUUUCCAUCACGCUCUGCAUCUUGGGCUACAUUGCUACUGAAACUGCUGAGAAAACCGUUUCCCAUGUGAUGCAGAAGCCAGGUGCACCAAAGGAAGAGUGUGCACUGGAGAUUAUCAAGAGUGGAGCAUUGCGAAAACGGGAACUCUACUAUCCAUACACCACUGUGAGAAUCGCCCUCUUAAUACGAGGCUGGGCUCCAGAAUUUUUGGACUCACUCACAAGAAAUAGUUUAAAUGUGGAAAAUGUCAAAAAAAGUUAGGCCCUGCUGCAUGUGACAAGCUAACUAGAAAACAAACCAAGUGGCAUGAACUUCAGGUAAAUGGGGACAUUUUAUUUUCAGUCUAAAUAUUUUGUUAAAAGCAUCUAAGGGACUUAGGAGCAACAAAUCCGAUUGGCUUUCAAUGAGAUUUGUACAUCGAAGUCACUCAGGUUCUUCUGAAAAUCCCAUCCUUUGUUUUUAUCUUUUCUCUCUGGAGACAAGAAGAGGGAGCAACAUGAGUGCCUCCGCAAAGCAGUAAAUUCUCCACUGUCUAUAGAACAGCAUUAGCAAUGGCUGGGUUCAUGUUUGCUGGGACGGGGUGUGGGUGUCACCCACUUUGAACCAGGACAGCAACUCUCAGACCUCCCAAUGCUGCAAACAG